AUGGCAUCUACGCCGCGCCCUCGGAGGACUGCUGCAAGGCAGACCCCUGCUGAGCGUGCUCUUCCUAUGACCGUAGACCAGCGGAAGAACAAGAAGGACGCCAUCCAACUAUCUGCGUCUUCUCCCGCUCGCAAGACGGGGGGCCGGUCGCGAUCAAAACGGAACCCGCCCUCACGUACGGCGCAAUCUCCCUCGGAUUCCCCCAUUCCCUCUGCAGUCAAACCACUUCCGCGCAGCCGCAUAGCAGCACCAGAUAUCUCAGCCACCGACCCAUCUGCCCCACCUAAGGCCUCAGCGACUCGAACGACUCGAGCAUCUGCUCGCGCCGGCAUAGAGGUCGAUGACGUUUCGAUUGCGAAUCCGUCAGCGAGCGACCCAGCAGCCCAAUCAGACUCUCUGGCGUCGCAUGGCCGGGCCUUACGCUCUCAAGGCACCGUCGAACUUCCUCCGUCUGAAGCUCCACUGCAAAGACCAUCCAAGAGAAACCCGUACUCAAUAGUGGAACUGGCUAUAGCACGUCGCGAUGCCGAGGAGGCGGGAGAGGCAGGCAACCGGCCCUCUAUGGCCACUCCUCAUGGACGCUCACCGGAUCAUACACCAGUGAGCGUCGAUAUGGAUGUCGAUAUGUCCGACGAUGCGCGCGUUGAGAGCAUCUUGCAUCCAGCUUCCCGGCCUUCAACCCGGCCAUCCACUCCAACAUUGACCUCAGGCUUAUUGGAUCCCGCAAAACUCAAUUGCAUAUGCCCAGGCACGAUCAUUCCCCCUUCCGAACGCGAGUCAACCAACAUGGACAUUGAUCAAGGCGAACACAACCAAACUACGGCGGCCACCUCCCAGCUCGGGGCGGAUGGUAACGAGUAUGACAGCGACUGGUCAGCCGAUGGCGCUGAGCGAAGGGCCCAACUUGCCUUAAGGCAAGGAAACAACGAAAACAACCAGACCACGGAGACGCUCCCUCCAAAGUCCAUCGACGGCGGCGCACCCACAGCCGAAGACAACAGUCAUGACUCCCCGGUCCGAGAUACAGAACGCAGAGCGGAGCUUGCGCCGAGAGGAAGACGGAAAGCCCACACCGACGGCGCUGAUAACGACGUCGAUAUGCGAACCGAUACGCAGGAGGGGCUCGCCUCUCCGCGCAAUGCACUCGCUUCACCUGAUGGAUGGCGCGAGAGUUCUGGCAAAUCUUCUGACGACUAUGUUCCUCCGACUCCAAGCACAAGUGCUAAGACCAUCAAGCCACGCCGUCAGCGCAAGAUGCAGCAAAGAGACCCACCCCCUGAACCUCGGUCUUCCGACUCGGAAGACGACACGACGACGCGAGAGGAAGGCCCGGAAACCCGGAGCAAGAAGCGACAGGCGCCGUCCAAGGCCUCCACCACCAAAGGCCGUGUCAACGAUGACGAUGCGGCGGCGCAACGGGAAACCACCAAAACCCGUACCAAGAAGCACCCCGCGUCCUCCAUGGUUCCCACUACCGAAGACCCCGCCAGUGACGACGAUGCGGUGCCGCGACGGAGAUCCCCCAAGGCACGCAACAAGAAGGGACCCGCGUCCUCCAAGGUCACCGGUACCGACAAGCCCACCGAGGGCGUCAACGAGGACGAGGGCGAUGGCCAUGAGAGCGGAAACGAGAGUGACCAAACUCAUCUCCCCGGCCCCAUACCUAGAGCUAUCGCCCUCGAGCUCGCUGAAGAAGGUUCCGAGUUCAUGAAGCGUGUCAAGGAACGCGCUCGCCAGCUUCACAAACCUCAAGAAGCCGUACUGGAGGCUAUGGGGAUAACGAUCCCGCACGAGAGGGACACUUCUAUCUAUAACAAGUUUCUCUGUUGGCAAAAGUCACAAGAAGAUCUUUCGCGAGAUGAUCUGGAAGUAUGGCGAAAGCUCGCCAACGAGCGCUACCGGAACUUGAAGGAGGCCCUCAAUUCGCAAGAGUGGGACGACGAGUCCGUCACCAGGCGUGAGCGCGCCGAAAAAGUAUUUGGGUUGGUCGAGGAGUACUGGAAUAGCGUCAAGUGCGGCGAGAUCACGGCCACUGACUCGACGGGCAAAGGCUCUGCUCGUGGGAGGACGAUCGUGAUGAGGGAAGGGAUGCGACUGUCCAACCUCGCUCAGAUUGCGGCCAAUAUGAGCAACGUCGAAGUCAUCGGUGUUGUCAUCCACAUGGGCGGCAACGGCAAACCAGGUGGACAAGCCGGUAUCUUCUCGUCUUCAGAGCGCGCAAGGUCCGUCUUCAACGAGCGAGGCGUUAAUGUGCAAGGGAUCGUGGAGUAUAUGGCGGCCGUCCUCACCAUUGACAGAACCGAGCCCCAGAAUGACGUCCCGCUGCCGAACGCGUUUAAGUCGAAGCCUGUCAAAUCGGUCCAGCAGCGCCCCGCGAGGGAUUAUCUCCGCAGCGUCAUAAGGAAAAUGUUCAAUGAGCUACUGCAUACCGUCGGCGUGUUUGGAGAGAAAGUCCAAUGGAAGCGAUUCCUGCCCAAUUGCGUCAUUUACGGGUUUAGUCUUUACUAUUGGCCGCAUUGCCUCGCCCACUACUCUGUAGGUGCUGACGAUUUUGAACCAAAGAAGCUCGGAACAGCGCUCUUAUGGCUGCUCGUGCACGACUACAUGGCCGUGCACAUGAAGCCCGCGUACGAACACUGGUUGCCAAUGGUCGCGUCAGAGGUCGAAUCGGAGGCCAAGGUUCCGGAGAAGAACCUAGUACGGUUUAACAGGGAGGAAUUACGAAAGGACAUGGAGGCUAAGCGGACUAUAUGUUUGCGUCCUUGGAAUGAUGAUCGCAAAGCCCAGUUCGAAGAUCAAACACGGCGAGGUACUGUCCCGCUUGUGAUAUCUACCGGAAAGAAGGCACUUUUCCGAGUUCGCGACGUGUCUGAGAAAACCACUAAGAGUGCCUUGAAGUCGAAAGGCAAAAGCUCAUCGGAGAAGGCAGACUCUUCUCCGCGCGCAGACAGAGACGAAGCCACGGUCGCAGACGCAGACGCAGCCGCGGUCGCAGACGCAGACGAUAAUGUCAACGUCCACGUCCACACCAACGCCAACGCCGAUGCAGACGCGGAUGCAGACGCGGAUGCCAACGCCAACGCCAACGCCGACGACAGCGCAAAUGCCAAGGCUAACGCAGACACCCACGCCCGCGCUGAUGGCCCCGAUGAGGAAGACCACGAUGAAGACGGCGAAGACAUGGCUGCCAUUGGUGAAGGAGCCAAAGGCUUGGGCGACAAAGACCUUGAGACUGCUAGAACGCGCAGGGGCAAGAAUAAAGAUACCCGGGUGGGCUCGCUCGAGAAGACCGCGUCGAUAGACGACGUAUCUUCAGAUUUUUUCUCGAAUCUCCCGGAAGUACGCGAUUGGGAUGGCAGCGAAGACGAUGACUUAGAUGAUCCUCCUGAAACAACAGAAACGGCCGAACUCGACCAAGGAGCGGGCCCUGAUUCGGCCACCGUACCUCCUCCGUCUCGGUGCGCGCCUUCUCAAUCAUCCUACGCUGACCACACUGACCACUUGCACACCCGUCAAUCAAUGCCUGGUCGCCCCUCUCAACCCUCGAAUAGAUCUCACCCCACGCCCGGGUCAGCCCAACAACCCCUGCGCGCGCCACCAAGUCGACCUGCACUUCCACCGCAGCCAGGCGAGGCAAUGCCGCCGUCCUCUACGCGCACAGUGCCCGUUGUGUCCAUGGCCCGAUCUGCCGGUGCUACCACGACUGCACGGGGCUCAUGGCCGCCGCGGGGACAAUCGGGCAAGGUCCCGUUAACCCAUGGGGCUGCGCGCGAGGCAGGGCGUCCGCCUAUGACGACACUGUCCUCCCGUGCAGGGGCCCCAUCCACUCGUGGGGGACCGUUGGGUACUCGUCCUCCCCCCUCUGCUCGUUCUACUCCCGCCGCCCGCUUUCCUGACACUCGAAUCCCCCCCGCACGCGCUCCACCGGGCCCACCUCCGCACCAACGUGAGGGCACGAACAUGAGAGAACCGGUGUCGCAAGCCGUACCAGGUCAACAGCCUCGAGGCUGGCCAGGACCCUCAUCCGCUCGUCAACUUCAAGGCCGACAACAUCCGCACGCGCAGGUUCCUCCUGGUUACUACGGCAGAGAUGAAGGGUUUCCGCCGGUGUUCAGCCCUUACAGCGUUUACGGUGGGCCGCCUGUCCCGUACGGUUACGGAUAUCCGCAACAUCCGGGGUCGGGAUAUGCGCCGCCCGAUGGACAUCCCAUGUAUGACAUCCGUGAAGACCAUCGUUAUCAUCGAGGACUCCCAAACAUGCAUCACCAGGAUGAGUGGAACGCCUGGCCCGACGAGAUUCAGAUGGAUGAUGGAUUCGACAACUCUUCCUCGCAGUAUGAAGCUGAGCAACAAUAG